GACCCCACCCAGCCCUAGCAGUUCCUUUCCCUUUCAUCUCCUUCUCUACCCGCCGCACGCCCGCCCGGCGCCCUACCAGCAGCAAUCCACCGGACCACCACAACCGGCGCACGCACGCUGCCUGCCCGAUCGAUCUCGCAGAGCGAAAAAGACCGCACGGCCGCGCGCCCAAUCCCGACUCGGGAGCAUUUGACUUUGCUUUCAUCGGCCAAAGCGAGUGAAUAAUUGUGAAAGAGAGGAUAACUAUGAGAAAUAUAUCUUUCAUCCUGCGUGUAUUGGAUCGAUUUCCUCUUUCUGGCACUAGUUCAAACUUUUGACUAGUGUAUUCAAAACAAUCCAAAAACCUAAAGAUAAGAUCCAAACCAUCAGCUACAAUGGAGUCAGAGGUCAUAGCUGCUGAUAUUCUAUUGCCUCCAGUUCUUACAUUUAAGAGGAUACAAAUGUCAGACAAGUACCCAAAAGGGCAUGCAAGAGGCAGGCAUUGGAAGCAUUUAAAGCAGAUUCUUCAAGCUGAAAACUAUCAGAAUUAUCCUACAUAUGAACCUAAUUAUGUAAAUAUUGAAUCACCUCCCUCUAUGUAUCCAUCAAAGAAAUUUUGUGACAUAACAGGGUUUGAGGCACCAUAUAUCGAUCCCAGGACUAGCCUCCGUUAUGCAAGUGUAGAUGUCUUCAAGCGUAUUAGAUCACUUCCAAAUGAGUAUAUUCAGAGAUGGCUCUCUUUGAGAAAUGCGGCAAUUGUUCUCAAGUAGCUUUGGUGGCUUCAAGCGUUGGUAAUGCCUAGUUUUGUCUUCUGAUUACAGAUUCAGUUUGUUUUGAGUGAGUGUUGGAAAACAUCACUAGAGCCUAUUAUGUUGCAAUUGUUAUAAUAUCCUUCCCAUCCAAAAAAGAGAGAGCCUCCAAAAAACACUAGGACCUAAGAUUAAUAGGUUUCAAAUUUUCAGAAAUGUUUGCCCCUUGGGGCAUGUUUGGAUUGGGGAAAAAAUAGGGGAAAAUUCAGUUUAUGUUGA